AUGAGGGGUCCUGGUGGUGAUGGCAAUAUUCUGUGUUGUGACUAUCACUGGCAACAACCUGGUUGUGAUAUUGUAGUAGAGUUUUGUAAGAUGUUACCAUUGGAGGAACUGGAUAAAAGGAAUAUGGAGUUUCUCUAUAUUGUGUAUCACAACUGCAGAUCCAGGUUCAUCGAGUCUCAGGAGCCUUUUAUUCAGUCAGUCAGGAAGAUAAAGGGGUCCCUCAGCCUCCGGGAGAGCAGCAGGGUGGACCAAGACCACGAAUGCGUGUACUGUUACCGCGUCAACCGGCGCCUGUUUCUGGUGCCUUCGGAUCCUGUCCCCUGCCGCCUGUGCAGGACACCUCGGGACCAGCGGGGCCCCGAGACCCUGGUGGAGCCCACGCAGGUCAGGGUGAACAUCCCGCUGUCUGUCCUGGACCCUCCGCACCGGCACCGCCUCCACCGACGGAAGAGCUUCAACGCUUCUGACACGCUGGCCCUGCCCCGGCACUGCCUGAUGGGCUGGGAUGUUCUCCCUCUGAAGCCCGAGAAAAGCUCAGCCCCCAAGAGCCUGGACCUUUGGUCCUGUGUCUCCUCCGAGGCCCAGAACCGGAAGCUGUCAGCUGCCCGCCUGGCUCAGCCAACACGAGUCCCACCCUCCACCCCAUUCCGGUCACAACUCCAGCCUCGCGCGCCCUGGCCGAAGCCCUGA